GAAAUGAGACGCACACACCCUCUCUCCAGCAGGCAGCAAGACAUGUUAGUGACACCCCCGCACACAGGCGUGCAGUGAUGAGUGAGUGACAGAGAGACAGAGAGAGAGAGCGAGAGAGAGAGAGAGAGAGAGACCCGCACGUACACGCACAGUCGCCCACACGGACAGAAUCAUUGAGGGCCCGGGGGUGGGAGCGAGACCGUCCAGUCGUCUGGAGAACAUCCACCAACGUACCGGACUGGCUCCUCGAAAACCACAGGAUAUACGAUUUCAUCUCCAUCUAAUGGACCGCGGGAAGACGACGAUGCAGCCGAACGCCCCCAUGCGAGACCGGGAGCAGGAGGAAGGCGGAUGCUGUGAUUGCUGCAUCAAAUGCCUGGGCGGACUCCCCUACGCCUCACUGUUGGCCACCAUCCUCUGCCUAACUGGUCUUGCUCUGAUGUGCUCCUGUGGUCACAUCGCCCUGACUAACACCCUGGCUCUUGUGGAAAACCACUUCUCCACCACCAGGGAUCACCACAUCUCCCUCACCAAGACGAUCGAUAUCUUUCUAUACUGCAUCUAUGGCAUCGCCGCCUUCUUCUUCGUCUACUCCAUCCUCCUCCUGUCUGAGGGCUUCUAUACCACGAGAGCCAUCAAGAAGGAGCUUCAGAGCGACUUCAAAACCACCUUCUUUGGACGCUGCAUCACUGCCCUGUUUGUGUUCCUGAGCUAUAUCCUGGCCCUGUGCUUCAUUGGCAUCUUUGGCUUCACCUCCAUUCCGUACUUCCUCUACUACAACAUGCAGAAAAGCUGCAAUGCCAUCACAAACAGUGUUGUGUCUGAUGUCACAAGUAUCUGUGUGGACGUCCGACAGUAUGGUGUCAUUCCUUGGAAUGCCAGUCCAGGGGAAAUUUGUGGAACCCAACUGGUGGAAGUGUGUGACACAACUGAGUUCUACCUGUCCUACCACCUCUACAUGGUUGUGUUGGCUGGUACGGCCGCGACCGCCAUUGCGCUGAUUCACUAUCUGAUGAUUUUGUCGGCCAACUGGGCCUAUCUGAAGAGCGCCGCUGCCUUGCACGCGUACCAGGACAUCAAGACCAAGGAUGAUCAGGACGUGGAGGCCGAAGCGCGCUCCAAGGAGGGCCAGAACUCGUCCUACUCAUAAGGGCAGACCUCUUAAACCAGCCCACCUCAUUCCUCGCUCUGCCCUCCCACCUCACCACACUCAUUCUCCAUACUCCUUCCUCUAAGCCAAGCCACUGUCAUGCUUCCCAUGCCCGCCUCUCUGAUCCUCCAUCCUCGUCCUUUUCAUGGUUCAGAAGUGUAGGUGUGUUCUCACAGCAGAAGGGAAGAGAACUGAAGAUCAGAAGUGUCGGCCGACCCAGACAGAGGUGGUGCGCGGGGCUCCCCCAGACCAGAGCUCUCACACGUGGCACAUCAUCUCUGAAGCGUCACCUCGCCUGAGGCGCCGGCGGCGUACGGCUCGGCAGUGAUGGCCUCGCGCCCUGAGCCGGCACGGCCUCUCAACCUGCAGCUCCUAAAAGAAAAGAAAAAAAGAAAAGAAAAAACAUUGUUUACUGUCAGCUUCUGCCACAGGAAGCUGGGCAGCGACCAACUUGCUGUUACUUUUGGUGUUUUAUAUGCAUAUAUAAAUGAAUAUGGAUAUAUUGUGUGAAUGUGUGAGAUUGUUGUUGUUUUUUUAAUACUCUGAAAUGUAUGCCAGGUUCUCUUUUUGUGCUUUAUUUUUGUUUACUUUCCUCUUCAUCUUAUUGUAGAAAUCAAGCUGCUGUUGCAGCCUAAAGGGAACUGAACUCCAAUAACCCCUCCUCAGACCAACCUGCUAGAAUGAGGACUAUCCAGUGUGUUCAGGUAUCCCGAGGUCCUGCGUUUGACUGCGGUCAAGGUGUUGAACACGAUAGUGAGUGAACAUGAGCUUUAUCAACGUUAACUUGCCCAUCUAUAGUGUUGAUUCGGCCAUGGUGGAACUGCUUCUCGUGUGAACUCUGCUGGGUUGUUUUUGUCUUCAUCUAUCAUGACCAACUGACCCGCCAUGACCAAGUCACAGCUCUGUUGAAGGACUGGGAACCAGUGAUGGGUAGAUGAGGUAUCAUGAAACAGUAUUGCAGGGUUGGUGAAACAGUGUCCUAAAGCUCUCGGUUUGGAAACGAUGUGAUGUGUGUUACACUGAAUAAGUUGCUCAAGUCCAAAAACUUGACAGAGGACAGUGCCGUCUGGUGGCCUCCGAAUAUCAGGACACUUUCAUGAAACCUCUUCAACCCUUCAAUACCGAGUCAUGAAGCCUCAUCUACCUUUCAAUACCUAGAACGUCAGUCACCUGGUGAUGAGGCAUUGCACUUCACCAAUAUAUCCACCAGGGUGAGCAUAAUUUGGAAACAACCAACUUCAAAAAAACAUGGUGACUGGAAGAAGUAUUCCUGUUGUACCUCUGGCCACAAAGGAAGAAAGUGAGGACGGAGAAUUUCCGCCAUUGUCUUCCUCAUGUCAUAUUAGAGCUAUGUAUCAGGUAGUAACAGCAACACUGCCCCCCGCAUGGUUUCUGGUGGUUUGGUCAGUCUCUGUAAGCAUUGUAGAAAGGUGCCGAAAUACGGAGGAAGUGAACGCAGUACAGAAGGAUCUGUCUGUGCCUUGAUCGGUACACGACAUGGAGCCUAAAUGAUCAAUAAGGUUGGAGCUGAUUUCUUGGUGGCCGCGUUACCGUCCUCAGGUCCUUCAGACUCACUCUGUCCGGGGUCCCGAUCCGGUUCCAGUUUGAAUGUGCUGGGGACCUGAAUGUCGUUGCACCACAUCAGCUCAUGGAUUGGUGUGUUAGGAAUGAGGUUUAGCAAGCGUGAUGCAAUGUUUCGGUGUAGAGGUCUUUGAUGAGGAAGACCAGGAAUAAACCCAACUUUCGGGACCAGUUGUGCAAGCGUGCCACACGGCUAUGUUGUGGUUGACCCGAAAACACCAAGUGAAAUUUGACCCCUCGGUUCACUUUUGCUUAACAUUUGAUUCUAGGUUUUUGUUUUUUUUUUCUUACGUUCUGUAGCCUUCACCAGCGUUUCAAAGUUCUAACAAAUAAACAUUCCUUUUUGUAAACAUAAACACCUCAGGUAUCAAACCAAAUCUACUUUAAUUGUACUUUCCCCCACUUUUUCAACAUUUAUAGCGCUUAACCUCACCGGGACGGUGCACUGUCCCAUGUGACUCGUACACAAAAGGAAUCCCAUUUUCUAUCAAUUCUUUGUUUUCGUGGGCAGAACUCACAUGUAAAUAGCCUCAUCAGUGUUUGGCUUUUGUUUUCCCCUCAAAAUUCACAUCAAUGUUCCCUUUUAAAUUCGGUGUUUAGCUCUAGUUCUGUUGGAUAUGGUCAUCGUAGCGUGGUUUCUGCAAUGAAACGUAAGCGUGCAGUGGUGAUUUAUCAGUGGGUGGGUUGAGGUGCUUCUGUUCUAUUAUAAUAAUCUAUCAAUAUGAAUACGACGUUUUGUCGCUUGACUCUGAUGUCUCCUGUGAUUUUUAUUCAUUUGGUAUUUUUUGGUUGAAGCCAGACCAACAGGUUUCAGCAGUUCUCAUGAGCCACACGGACUGUUCUGGAUGUUUACACUCCAUCAACCCAGUCAGGAACCUUCAUUUCAUAUAGUCCACUCUAGUUUAGAACAGUCAUGGACACUAUUGUGAAUUGCUCAUGGAUGGUUUGUAUAUCCUGAAAAAGAAUUAAGCAUGUCAGUAUCGUCCAGGUGUGCAGCCGUCUUCUCUGUAUAACAAAGGACUCUAUUGCCACAUGUGUUCUGUUUGAUCAUCUGCACUGUUUUGCGGCAGGUUCGUGUAAACACCAACUCAAAAGUUCCUCCGAGACGGUGCGUGUCAGGGUGUUGUUGUUUCCUCGUUACUUGCAUGAAGGACACAUGACUGUCUUUGCAGCUGUCAGGUGAUGUGUAGUCGACUAUGAUAGGCCCCGUCCUCUCUUUUCUAAAUCUCCAUUGUGCUUUGAUGGCAUCGUAGACCCCUGUAGGUGCUCCAUUCUGCUUUCACUUUCAGUUUCAACGAUUCUCCAAGUAUUUAGUGAUGAUUUUUGUAACCUUCUCUAGUAAAACCGAUAUUUUUAUCGUGC